UCUUUAAGUGUGUGUGGAGUUUUCCUGCACCGGCUCAUAGGAGGGGUUGGAGAGAGUGACGCUGGCUGCGCCUUGGUGCUGAGCGGAGCGCUCACCUGCAGAUGAGAGAGCCGGGGAAAACUCGGGGCAGAGCUGCAGCACACUCACGGAGCGCGGGGAGGAAACAGUCCGACCAAGUGGGGGAGGAAAUUUGAACACACCAGGGGAGGAAGAAGCCCGAACCGAGCCCGUCUCUCGCUCCCCUCCUCUCUCUCUCUCUCUCUCUCUCUGGUUCCAUCCUCGUCCAGGCAGCUUUUGGACUCGCCUCGCUCGCCACAAUGAGAACGGACUUCGCUGUGGUUCUGACAGCAGCCCUUCUUCUUCACACAUUCUGGAGGAAUAAUGCGGAGCAUGCCUCCAAAGGUCCCUGUCGGCCUGGCUUCUCACAAAGCUUCUACUCUGUGCUGAUUUCAAGGGAUGUACUGCAAGGCCAGGGCAUAGUUAAAGUGAAGUUUGACGACUGCGCAGGGAACGACGGUGUGGUUUUCCAGAGCAGUGACCCUGUCUUCGGUGUGCGAACAGAUGGAUCCAUCUUUGCCCAGGAAGAUGUAGCCAGCUUGCAUGAACCGGUCCAGUUUAAAGUAACAGCAAGUGGCCCGCAGGCAGAAGUCUGGGAGACUGUGAUUCAACUAACAGCGACUGACCUAACAUCACCUGGGCGAAAUGAGAAUGAGGUUGAAGAAGAAGAGAAGAAGCAAAAAGAGGAGACGUUCCAAGCGCCGCCUCCUGUCAUCAUGUUCUCGGGAUCCCGCUUCAACAGCACCAAGGGUCAUCGAAGGCAAAAGAGGGACUGGGUGAUCCCACCGAUCAAUGUGGCGGAAAACUCCCGAGGCCCGUUCCCUCAGAUGCUCGUCAGCAUUCGUUCAGACCAGGACCAGGACAUCUCUAUCCGGUACAGCAUCACUGGAGUGGGAGCGGAUCAACCGCCCAACGAGGUGUUCAGCAUCGACCCAAUGGUUGGAAAGAUGUUCGUCACCAGGCCUCUGGAUCGCGAGCAUCGAUCUUCUUAUCAUCUGCGAGCUCACGCAGUGGACAUGAACGGAAACCAGGUUGAGAACCCCAUCGACCUCUACAUCUUCGUCAUAGACAUGAAUGACAACAGACCAGAGUUCAAAAACCAGGUCUACAAUGGCUCUGUGGAUGAAGGCUCCAAACCAGGAACUUACGUGAUGCAUCUGUCAGCAUUUGAUGCUGACGACAACACCACGGCUAAUGGCAUGGUGCGCUAUCGAAUCCUGUCCCAGACCCCACACAGUCCUAUCCCCAACAUGUUCACCAUCAACAGUGAGACGGGGGAUAUUGGGACAGUAGCACCUGGACUUGAUAGAGAGAAAGUGUCCCAGUACACCAUCAUUGUGCAAGCCACGGACAUGGAGGGCAACCUUAACUUUGGCCUGUCCAACACAGCCACUGCCAUCAUCACUGUCACAGACAUCAAUGACAACCCACCAAUGCUGACCUCCAGAACUUUUUCCGGUGAAGUCCCAGAGAACCAAGUGGAUGUUGCUGUGGCUAAUCUGACAGUUAUUGAUGCCGACCAGCCCCACUCUCCGAACUGGAACGCCAUCUACAGGAUCAUCAGCGGAGACCCAAAUGGGCACUUCACCAUCCGCACUGAUCCCGUCACCAAUGACGGCAUGGUCACUGUGGUGAAGCCAGUAGACUUUGAGAUGAACCGCGGCUUCAUGCUGACAGUGGUGGUGUCAAACCAGGCCCACCUGGCCAGCGGCAUCCAGUCCUCGCUUCAGUCCACCGCUGGAGUCACCAUAUCUGUGCAAGAUGUCAACGAGCCUCCCUAUUUCCCUACAAACCCUAAACACAUCCGCUUCGAGGAGGGCGUUCCUGCCGGCACCAGCCUGACAACUUUCUCAGCUUCGGAUCCUGACCGGCUUCAGAUGCAACAGUUAAUCAGGUAUUCCAAGUUGAAUGACCCUGCUGACUGGUUGUCCAUCAACAGAACCAAUGGUCAGAUUGUAACCACAGCAGUGCUGGACCGGGAAUCUGUCUACGUCAAAAACAAUAUUUAUGAAGCAACAUUUCUGGCUACAGACAAUGGUUCCCCUGCAGCCAGCGGCACAGGCACGCUGCAGAUCUACUUGAUAGAUAUUAAUGACAACCCCCCAGCGCUCGUACCCAGGGAGUCUCAGAUCUGUGAAAGGAUGAACAAGAACGUCAACGGUGUCAACAUCACUGCUGCUGAUGCUGACACGGAUCCUAACGCUGGACCCUUUGUCUUCGAGCUGCCCAACUUCCCCAGCAGCAUCCGGCGCAACUGGACCAUUUCUCGGAUCAGUGGUGAUUAUGCCCGCCUGGGUCUCCGGUACCAGAUAUACUUAGAGCCAGGAAUGUACGAGGUUCCUGUAAUUGUGUCCGACUCGGGCAACCCCCCGCUGUCCAACAGGUCGGUCAUCAAAGUCAAAGUGUGUCCCUGUGAUGAACAUGGAGACUGCACCACACUGGGAGCCGUUGCAGCCGCCGGCCUGGGAACGGGAGCCAUCAUCUCCAUCCUCAUCUGCAUCAUCAUCCUGCUCAGCAUGGUGCUGCUGUUUGUUGUGUGGAUCAAGCGCCGAGAAAAAGAGAGGCAGACAAAGCAGCUGCUCAUUGACCCUGAAGAUGAUGUGAGAGACAACAUCCUCAAAUAUGAUGAAGAGGGAGGAGGAGAGGAGGACCAGGAUUAUGACUUGAGCCAGCUGCAGCAGCCCGACUCUUUAGAACACAUCAUGAGCAAACCGCCUGGCGUACGCAGAGUGGAUGAGCGUCCCAUCAUCCCAGAGUCCCAGUACCCCAUCAGACCGGUCGUGCCCCACCCUGGAGACAUUGGGGACUUCAUCCAUGAGGGUCUGCGAGCUGCAGACAACGACCCCACGGCUCCUCCGUACGACUCCCUGUUGGUUUUUGACUAUGAGGGCAGCGGCUCCACUGCCGGCUCGGUCAGCUCUCUCAACUCCACCAGCACGGGGGACCAGGACUAUGACUACCUCAAUGACUGGGGACCCCGCUUCAAGAAGCUGGCCGACAUGUACGGCGGAGGGGAUGAUGAUUAAAAAAAACGCCCUGUCACGCACGCACACCUUCGUCCCUUCAGCUGGCCUGCCACGCUCUGACCCUGCAACACAUGGGGGCUAUUACAACCUUCUCGAACACACGUUACCAGUUUGCACUGACUCAACAACCAAUCCGAUAACCCACCACAGAGGACCAGUGCCAUGAGUCCAUUUCCACUGGCUCCUGCUCUAAGCUCGUCAAAGACUGUAAUGGAUGGACUUGUUUUGCAGGCUUUUCACAUUAUGUAUGCUCCAACUCAUGCUUUUGUUUCACUUUAGUUUUCCAACGUUGGGUGUUGACUUCACUUACUUUCUUCUAGUUUUGUUUCUAUUUCAGUUUGUAGCUUUUUCUUGUCCUCACUACCGUUUGAUUCCGAAUGUUCUUUAUUCCUGAGGGGUUUUCACUUUUCCCUCGCUGUGAGCCCCCCCGCUCCGCCUGCCUCUCUGAAGAAGCUUUAGGUUGAGCUUCUCACUGUUUCCGAGACAAACAAAAGUGGGGGAGAGGAAAGGAGAAGAAGAAAAAGAUACCAUGAAUAUGAAAGUCCUUCCUUACAUGGAGGGCCCUGGUUUAGUCUUUCCUGAACUUGAAUUGCUUAGAACAGAAGCACUGUUGUUUGAUAAAAAAAGAAAGAAAAAAAAGAAAGUGCCUUCAGUGGUGCAUAUUUUAGCAGAUUCCUGCUAACUCAGGAUUGGUUGCCAUUCUCUGGGCUUACAGGGCCCCAUGUGCCCCCCGCCCCACAACCAACCACCCAACCUUUAAUUUAAACCUCCUCCUCCUCAUUUUUUUACCCCCAACUGGCAGGGCUGUGACGGCUGCGGGAGCGCUGGGUUCACGGGAGCAGAGGCUGGCUUUAGUGGGUCGCUUCAUGUAGACGUACUGUUCAUAGGCCUACAGUGUGUCUGUGAGUUACGGACAAAUCAUUAGGUUCUCAAGUCAGGCAGAGCUGUGCUCCCAGAUCACAGUUAACUUGAAUGUGAUUGCUGAAAUCACACGUAUACAUAACAAGACUGUGUUAGAGAAGAAACACAUUGUGUGUCCUUGUUUCUUUGUGGCUACAGCAGCUGUGUUUGUUUUGAGCUCUCUGCACCCAAAACCUGAUGAGGCUAAAGUUGAAAGGCUUGACGAGUCAAAUGUGUUUCCUUGUUAACGUUGCUGAACAUAUGCUCUGUGUGAGGGUUGUUUAAGGCGAUUGUUACCCCAAAGCUCUUCGAACGUUUUUCAUGACUUUUCCUUCAGCUAAACGUUAUCAGCAUGACUCCAGAGAUUUUUUUGUGAAAUCUAUGUAAUUAUGAUCAUGAAGGGCAAAAAAAGAAGAAGUUCAUACUGGUUUUAUUUUUGCUCUGGUAACGUGACAAAAGCAACUGAAUGCUUCUGUUUCACCUCCUUCUUUCUUUGCUUUUAUCGAUCCAGAAUUUUCCUACAAAGAUUUUAUGCGCCAACUAUGGUGCUCAUCUGCACUACAAAUGAAUGGAAGCUGAGGAAUGCAUUGCAAAGCAAUGAUUCCCUCUGCCUGCAUUGAAUUGAAUUGAAUGGAGGCCCCUGUUACUAUCCACCUAAAAAAAAAGGAUCUCUUAACUUUAUUUAUAUCUCACUCUUCUGACAACGUUAAUGCAGCCCAAAUGGCAAAGUGUUCUUUUAGUCAGUAUUUCUGGUUUUGCUGUAGGACAAAUGGUUUUCUUUCAAGGUGCCUCAGAAUGUAGAGUGGUGCCAGAUUUUUUUCUUAUUCUGCUUCAUGUUAAAUUUCUCUCAGGCUCAAAUCUUAAGAGAAUGUUGUUUUUAACUUAUCAAAUCUCUGACAUAAAUCACAGCAAAUAUUAGAAAACUUCCAUAAAAAAAACAAUCUCAGUCACCGUUCAAGAAUUAUUUCAGCAGACCUUACAGUUUUUACAUCGCAGGCAUUUGUUUGAACUAAACAUUUCAGGAGUUUUGUCAUUUUGAAAGUGAGGUGAGGUUGCUGGGAAGAACAGCCUCUUGGGUCAUGGGAGAAAAGGGAUGUUUGUGUAAUUCAAUAUGGCACUCAGAUCGCUCAGCAGUUUUAAAACUACUGAAACUGAAAUUUGUCAGAAUCGUAGCUGAGAGCAAACCCAAAGACUUCUGAAUUCAGGUUUAAGCUAACUGCAUAUGCUAAUUUUCAAAAUGUAAUGCACAUAGAAAGCUUGAAAUUCAUAUUAUAGUAGUAGCUGGAAAAAUGCUUUAGCUAAUUCUAAAUGCGAAAUAUAAAUUAAAGAUGGCUGCCAGACCUAAUUUUAAACAGCAAUAACUCAGCCAUUUUGGGUUAUAUUAGGCUGAAUUUCAAAAACAGUCCCCAUCACAUACUAGGGUCGAAAUUAAAAUCCGAGGUGGCCACCAUAACUAAAAUGUAAAAUUGACUGUAACUCUGCAGUUUUUGGACAAAUUCAGUGGAAAUUUUGUGUGUCGUAGCAGUGAACAAUCCUCAUCACGUUCUGAACCCAAAUCAAAAAUCCAAGAUGGCCACCAUAGUUAACAUGUGAAAUAGGCCAUAAUUGGGCCAUUUUUAGCCACAUUGAGCUGGUGUUUGGCAUGGUGGUACCCAAGUGAAAUCCCCAAAGAAUAUGGUUUAAAAAAUCCUGCACCAAGAGGCAAGCCCUUUCAAAGUUACUCAUAGUUACUCCAGGAACUAUGCUAGUUAAUAUUAUUCUUCAAAAGCUGCACUCUGAACAUGUUUUUGUUGUAACCUCCUUAAAAAUUGAGCCCUAUAUGCUUGUGUUUUUAACUAUUAUUAUUAAUAGAGUUUGUAGCAUGCAGGGAGGUUAGGUUACCUUCAUCAGUUUUCAUUACAUUAUUUAAAUAUGCAAAAUGUUCAACCGGGUAAAAGCUGCUGAAGGUUAAAGCAUUUUAAUCACCUUUUUUCCCACUUUGAGGUCCCACUGAAAGUUUCCUUAAUUCAUUCAUUUUCAUAAUGAUUACCUUAAUAAAACAUACAUUUAAAACACACAAAAAUAUCAGUUCAUCAACUUCCAGAACAAAUGAAGGCAAAAUCCUUCAUGAUGGCAUCACUGGAAAUGCAAAUGUAGGUUAGAUAGCAACCUAGUGUAAAUACGAAGGUCAACAGGGUCUCAUUGGUUGGAAUUUAAAGAUUGAUGAGUAGAAAUUGUUCCAAAAAUGGUGAUGGUCUGGACAGGUGUCAGUUCAGACAUGAGAGCAGAAAAAAAAGGUUUCCAGAGCUCACUGCAGCAUACGCUCUUAUCAGUCUUUCUCAGCCUCCAGAAUAAACACAGCUGUUUCAUUUUUCCUGCUAUUUGUGAUUAUUUCUGACACAUAAAUGUUGUAUAUAUGGAACAUUUUUUAUACAUGUGGUGAGAUCUGAGGUAUUUUUGUGUGUGUAAUCUUUUUUUUCCACAAUAGUUUUGUUUCAAAUUAAUAUCUGGCAAAUUAUAUUUCACCAAAAAGCCAUGUGCUAGAAUUUGUAUAACUCUGUAUGGGCUAACAGCCAUACUUUUAUCGCUUCAUCUUGGCAAGAGGGUUCCACUCCAAACUGACUGUACAGACUUAAAUGCUCACUCCUCUAGGCCUUACUGUAUAUACUGUAUGUCAGAGUUCUAUAUGAUACGAGCCCAUUAAACAGUGUUUUUUGUUCAUUACUGACGACUGUCCGGCGUCGGCAGAAUGAAGAAGUGCUUCACUGAGACAUUCAGAUCCGUUUCACUCACUUUCCACAAGGCAACUGACCUUUAUAACUGUGUCAUACAUGGAUACAUGACACAACGCCAUUAUGAUACUGAAUGUUGUCAGACUCAGUUGGCAGACAAGUCACCGAUGCAAUCAGGAAAACCCUGACCAUGAAAUUCAAUUUGUGAGCAGAAAUGAGGGGAGACUGAUUAUUUCUGGGGACUUACUUGGUCCAUUUGUAAUAUUGAUGUUCCCUCCUUAAAGCGAGGCGAGCAUUGAGAACCAGGGAGGAAAAAAGCUCCACUGCCGUAGUUCAACCCUGAGGUCUGUGUGGUGCUGGUGUUACUCACAGGAUGUCGGGUCGUCGCUGGCCAUGACGGACAUUGUCUAACCACAAACACGUGACAGGAAAUUCCAAAAGAUGCCAAACUUUUCUCGCUACGGCCAGAAUCCUAAAUAUAGGCGGCAGACUUUCAUACAAGUUCUCCUACUGAUUGAGUCCAAGUGUACAUAAUGUAAACUUUGCUUGAAGCUAAACAAACGGUGUUAGGCAAACUGUAACUGUACAAUUGGAGCUUUUUGCAUGUGUCUUUUUAUAAUCGGCAGGUGAGUUCUAUUAUAAGUAACCGUAUGACAUACAAAAGCGUGCAGCCUGCAUGACGGAGGCCGGAGUUUGGAGGGUGCACUCACAUUGUUUUCAAAUGAAGGAGGAAGUUAAAAAAAGCAGAAAAAAAUUGCACAGUUAUAAAGUCUAAAGACUUUUUUUUGUAAAUUGCCAACAGCACAAAUAUUUUAUAUUGUUGUUUGUACAAUUUUUUUAAAAAAUGAAGGGAAAAAAGCUGAGAGAGUCUGUUGUUUCAAGCGUGUGUUUCUAGUGCCACUGCAAUCAUGAUUUCCAAACUACCGUACAGUACAUGCACAGCCUUGCAGAUCAACCUUGUAAUAUAGACGCUGAGCUGAAGAUUCCCUGUCAGCAUCAUGUGUUAUAAAUAAAAAUUUCCUCUUCUUGUAAGAA